UUUUUGCCCUCUCACUCUCCGAAUACUUCCCUUUAUUCUGUGUAUUAAUGCUCCUUUGAACAGAGGGGCAAAGUCUGGCCCGGAAACCAUGUUCCAGGCGCAGGCACAAGCCUUUCUGUGGCUGUUUUCCUGAUUCUGUGUGCUUCGCAGAGGGAAACCCUGUGUUUGUUCUAUCAAACCACCUGUUACCACAACAAUUCAGAAGGAACUCUGGCUGGUAAACAAGACUGUAUACUCAGAAUUCAGAAUGGAAGAUCACUUCAGGUAUAGGAAUGGUGCUUAUUGCGAUGACACUGGAACUGAUUUCAGCAGAGCCAACAGCAUGUCCAGGCCAAGUGGCAAAGCCAUUUACCGUCAGAGAAAAGAGUACAGUAGUGCUAUAAUGAAGGCUGAUCAUGACUUCCGGCAUCGGGUGGAGCACCUUUUGACUUGUACUAUUGAUGGCAAAGAAAUCAACAAUGUAGAGAAUUGUAUUGAACGACUCAAAAUGAUGGAUGCCCAAAGCCAAGUGUGGGGCCAAGACAUGCUUUUGCAGAUCAAGGAGAACAAAUUGCUGCUGACGGACAUAGAGGCUGAGGAAGAGCUGGAUUGCUAUCCCUUGGAAGAUAUCCACGAUUGGGUCUCCAUCCUUAACCGUUGUAUUUACAACUCCAUCUUGGCCAUUUCUGUGAAAGAUCCGAACCAGCAGAAAAUUAGUAUCUUGCUCUUUCAAUGCGAGCAAAUUGGGGCUGACUUGUUGAAAACUAAAAUACAGAAAGCUAUGGAGGAAUGGAGAACUGAACGUCAGACUCAUGAUAUGCUCAGAGUGAACUUGGAGAACAUGUUGAAUCAGCAAAACAGAGCAUCUUACAUUGGCAACAGCAAACGAAUUCCUCAUGAUUCUCCUUGGGAUAUGGAGUCACGUUACAUGGAAUUCAAUGAAGCUGAACAGCAAUUUGACCGGCAGCAGAAGUAUGAAACACAUGAAGAAGAUCUUAAACUCUCCUCGAAGUCACAGGAUAAAUAUAUGGAAAUUGAGAUCCUGAACCAUGUCCUGGAUGAUAUAGAAUUCUUUGCAAGAAAAGUACAAAAGAACGGCACCCUGAGUGACAAGAAGAAAAAGAAAAAGAAAAAAGGAAAGGAAAGUGAUAACAAUCAAGCAGCAUCGCCCUCAGAAUCUGAGUUUAGAGACUGCUUCCAGAAGGUCAAGUACAGUUUCAAUUUGCUGGGGGACCUUGAUCAAACCAUACAACAGCCAAGUGCUCCUGAAUUGACCAAACUCAUCUUCUCCACUCUAAGAACUAUUUUAACCUGGUAUCCCAUGAUGAAUCUGGCCUCUACUAUAGUCUUACCCUUGCUGACACCUGCAGCUAUUAAUUUGCUCAUGCGCUCCUUGAAUUCUGAUGAGCAGAUUAUUUGGAAGAAGUUGGGAACUGCUUGGAAUCAAACCAGGGAAGAAUUUCCAAAUGGACAAUCCCUCCCUCCCUAUAUACCCGUAUUUUCAGAUGGAUGGAUACCUCCCAGAUUUACUUGGAGAUCCAGCGAUAUGGCUCAGGCAAAUGGAACCCAGAAUAAUUCCUCAGAUGGGACUUCCAAUCCUCCCCAACUCAUGCAAGCCAUAAGUGAUUUCCAUGCACGGAAUUCCCAAGAGCUCACUGUAAGAAAAGGAGACCUGUUAGAGAUUUUGGAUCAAAGAAAAAGAUGGUGGCUUGCCAGAAAUGCCAUGGGGGAGAAAGGCUAUAUUCCUAAUAAUAUUCUGGAAUCUAAGAAUCAGUCAGCAUCUAAAGAGCACAAUCCAGAGCAAGUUUCAACACAUUUCACUGAUAUCCAGCCAAGUUCCUCACCAGCAGAAGUCACAGUUUGGCUCAGGACAAAAGGUUUUUCCAAGAUCACAGUUAAAUCCCUCGGCAUCUUAAAUGGUAGACAGCUACUGUCGAUGAGCCAAGAAGAACUGAAAAUGGUCUGCCCGGAAGAGGGAAGAAAAGUAUUUUCAAUGCUUGCAGGAGUUAAAUCUCCACUGUAGUAAUGGUCCUCAGCGUUAGCGUUUGCACAUCUCCCAAACCAUUUCAUCAUUUAUUUUGAAGAGAUCAUCACUGCAUCAAUGGCGCAACUCACUGAAAAUGUUAUUAGCUGCAUGGUAAUCUUCAGUCCACUAAUUUUCCAGUUAGCUUGUAAUUGCUGUGUUUAAUAAUAGUCUUCAAGAGGCUUUAAGAUGCUUCUGUAAAUGCUGUAGCAAGUAACAUGCUUACCAUUUUUGAAUGAUCUCAGGAACAUCUGUAAAGGGCUGUUAUUACAGUGGUGACAUGCUCUUCUAUUAUUGGACUAUGGCUUUCAGGAUAGGGAUAAUAGCACUAGCACUUAGACUUAUAUGCCGCUUCACAGUGC